AAUAGAUAAGAUUUGCGUGCCGAGGUGGCAGGGGUCCUCAUUACACCGACCUUCCACGACAUCGACCAUGGCGUACGUUGCAGUCGAAGCCGAUGAGCGGCUAGAAGAGGGCCCAGAGGGUCUCCAAUUCAAAUCAUUUUUAGGGUCGAAUGCCAACGACGGCUCGGACAAUGUGGGGACUGGUCGAGGCGUAGGGAAUACAGAUAGAGGCUACCUCCAAGACCGGCCUCACCAGACCAAAGACGGCGGCGGCGGCGGCUUCUGGACGACAGAAUAUUACCAGCCAUAUUUCGACGUCGACACCAAAAUGGUUCUGACACGCUGUUAUUCGACCCUUCUACCAACGUCAACUGACUACCUGUCUACCCAUCUUAACCCUGCAGACCUUUACGGACCCUUUUGGACAUUGACAACCUUGAUAUUUGCCCUUUUCCUAUCCUCGAGUCUCGAUGCAUCAAUCGCAGCGUACUUGUCCGCCCCAGGAGCAGAAUAUGACUACGAUUUUCAGCUUCUUUCCAUCGCUGUUUCUAUUGUGUAUGCCUAUGGACUAGGGUUGCCUGUUCUACUUUGGAUAGCACUCCGCUACCUUGGCGUUGGUGAAUGGAAUGUUGUGGAAGCUGUAGCAAUAUGGGGUUAUGCCAUGUUCGUAUGGAUUCCUGUCUCUGUCCUCUGUGUGAUCCCCGUGCCAAUUCUGCGCUGGGUCCUCGUGGCUGUCGCAUUUGUUCAGUCUGGCUAUUUCUUAGUCAGAAAUGUGUACCCCAUUCUGGCCUCUGCUGAGGCUAAAGCGACCCGACUAAUAAUCAUUGCCAUCACUGUGCUACAUGCCGGAUUAGCCUUGUCCUUCAAAGUGCUGUUUUUCAGCUAUUAUGUGAUUGACAAGAUUGGGGCGGAUAUCCCUCUUCCUGGCGGGGACGAACCGUAG